AUGGCGCCCAAAGAGCUCAACUUCAUCACCGGCAACAAAAACAAACUCGCAGAAGUGCAGGCAAUUCUUUCCUCCACACCGGUAAAAUUGCAGAGCCAAGCGGUCGACUUGGUGGAGAUCCAAGGCACGAUCGAGGAGAUUUCGACGGACAAGGCGAGGAGGGCGGCGGACGCGGUAUGCUCGACCAGACGAACGGCGGGUUGACGAUUAGAUUUGGGACUGAUGCCAUAUUGUACAAUUUAGGUGAAAGGACCGGUUCUGGUAGAGGAUACAUGUCUCUGCUUCAAUGCUUUUGAUGAACUGCCUGGACCUUAUGUGUAUGUUCAAAACUAUCUUAACUAUCUUUGCGGAAGGACUCAAAGGCUGAGGUUUCUCUCAGGAAAUGGUAUCUCAAAGCUCUUGGUGUGCAGCAGUUCCAUAAGCUGUUGGCGGGCUUUGAGGAUAAGUCUGCCCAGGCCGUUUGCACGUUCGCGUACUGCGAGGGACCUGGCAAGGAACCCAUCGUUUUCCAAGGCCGGACUAAUGUAAGCUUGGAGGGUAUUCGCACUGUGAGAGGAUGAUCCGCUAACGUGUGAGGUGUAGGGUAAGAUUGUUCCCGCAAGAGGCCCCACCGACUUUGGUAUGUCUUCUUUCCACUCUUUUUACGCAAUUUGAGAUGCUGAUGUGUGACAGGCUGGGACGCGUGCUUCGAGUACGAAGGCCAGACGUAUGCCGAGAUGCCCAAAGCAGAGAAGAAUAAGAUCUCUCAUCGUGGAAAGGCGUUGGAGAAGCUCGUCGAAUGGUUGAAGCAAGAGGUAUAG